AUGGCGGCUCCUUUGUCACCUGCCCAGCCAAGCCCGGCCCAGCCCAGCCGGCUCGGCUCGGACAGGAACGGGAGCGGCGGCGGCGGCUCCGGGGGGGUUCGGGAUGGGGGGACACGGGGACAGCUACUACGGCAAGCACGGGACCCACAGAAGUAUGACCCCACCUUCAAGGGGCCCAUCUAUGACAGGGGCUGCACGGACAUCGUGUGCUGCGUGCUGCUGCUGCUCGCCAUCGUGGGCUACGUGGUGGUCGGCGUGGUGGCCUGGACGCACGGUGACCCCCGGAAGGUGAUUCACCCCACGGACAGCCGGGGGCAGUUCUGCGGCCAGCAGGGCACCCCCAACCAGAACAAACCCUUCCUGUUUUAUUUCGACAUCGUCAAGUGCGCCAGCCCGCUGGUGCUGCUGGAGUUCCAGUGCCCGACCACGCAGAUCUGCGUCUCCAAGUGCCCGGACCGUUACCUGACGUUCCGCACGGCGCAGACCAACCCCGCCUCGCUCGAUUAUUACCGCAACUUCUGCACCCCCGAGUUCAAAAACCCCCUCAAGGGCGUCCUGGAGGUGCUGAGGGACAAGGAGUGUCCGGCCAUGCUCAUUCCCAGCACGCCGCUGGCACGGAGAUCUCCGGCCAUCCACGCCAAGCAGGGCGUCAUCAUGGUGGGCAACGAGACCACCUACGACGACGGCAGCGGGCGGCGGCGCAACGUCACCGAGCUGCUGGAGGGGGCCAAACAAGCCAACGUGGUGCUGGAGGCCCGGCAGCUGGCCAUGAAGAUCUUCGAGGAUUACACGGUGUCCUGGUACUGGAUCAUCAUAGGCCUCGUCAUCGCCAUGCUGGCCAGCCUCAUCUUCAUCGUGCUGCUGCGCUUCCUGGCCGGGGUCAUGGUGUUGAUGAUUGUCAUGGUCAUCCUGGUGCUGGGAUACGGAAUCUUCCACUGCUACAGGAGUACGCCAGCUGAAGGAGAGGCGGGAUCAGACGUGUCCCUGAGCGAGCUGGGCUUCCAGACCGACCUGCGCGUCUACCUGCACCUGCGGCAGACCUGGCUGGCCUUCAUGAUCAUCCUGUGCGUGCUGGAGCUGCUCAUCGUCCUGCUGCUCAUCUUCCUGCGCAAGAGGAUCCUCAUCGCCAUCGCGCUCAUCAAGGAGCCAGCCAGGGCCGUCGGUCACGUCAUGUCGUCGCUGCUGUUCCCCCUGUGCACCUUCUUCCUGCUGUGCCUCUGCAUCGCCUACUGGGCCAGCACUGCUGUCUUCCUGUCCACCUCCAACGAGGCCGUGUACAAGGUGUUCAACGAGUCCGCGUGUCCCUUCUCCGGGCACACCUGCAAGCCCGAGACCUUCAACACCAGCAACGUCACCAAGCAGUCGGACGCGCAGUGCCUGUUCGCCUUCUACGGCGGCGAGACCGCCUACCACAAAUACCUCAUCGUGCUGCAGUUCUUCAACGUCUUCAUGUUCUUCUGGCUGGCCAACUUCGUCAUCGCCCUGGGCCAGGUGACGCUGGCCGGCGCCUUCGCCUCCUACUACUGGGCCUUCAAGAAGCCGGACGACAUGCCGGCCUUCCCGCUCUUCUCGGCCUUCGGCCGCGCGCUGCGGUACCACACGGGCUCGCUGGCCUUCGGCUCGCUGGUGCUGGCCAUCGUGCAGGUGAUCAGGGUCAUCCUGGAGUACCUGGAUCACCGGCUCAAGGCCGCCGAGAACAAGUUUGCCAAAUUCCUGCUGAGCUGCCUCAAGUGCUGCUUCUGGUGCCUGGAAAAAUUCAUCAAGUUCCUCAACAGGAACGCCUACAUCAUGAUCGCCAUCUACGGCACCAACUUCUGCACCUCGGCCCGGAACGCGUUCUUCCUGCUGAUGAGGAACAUCAUCAGGGUGGCCGUGCUGGAUAAAGUCACAGAUUUCCUCUUCUUCCUCGGGAAGCUCCUCAUCGUGGGAAGCGUGGGAAUCCUCGCCUUCUUCUUCUUCACCCACCGGAUAAAGCUGGUGGAGGACACGGCGCCGUCGCUGAAUUAUUACUGGGUGCCGAUUCUGACGGUGAUCGUGGGCUCCUACCUCAUCGCCCACGGCUUCUUCAGCGUGUACGGCAUGUGCGUGGACACCUUGUUCCUUUGCUUCUGUGAAGAUCUGGAGAGAAACGAUGGAUCUCCGGAGAGGCCUUACUACAUGUCCCCCGAGCUCAGCGAGAUCCUGCUCAAGGGCCACCUCGAGCCUUCCAAAAGCGCCGAUAGCCAAGGCUAGGGCGCGGCGCCGGGCGGGCCCGCGGAGCCCGGCCGCGACUCCGGCGGCCCCUGGAAAUCCUUCGAGGGUGGUGGGUGCUGACCCUCGGCGCUCUGGUGCUGUCUGAUCCGCCUUGCUGCCCCAAAAUCCGCGUGCGCUGCAUCGAGAGAGCCCGGCUGGAGUCGGUCGGGGGGUCCCGGCGAGGCGCGCGGCGCCUGGAGAGCGUCGCGGUUUGGAGCAGAGAUUCUUUGCUCCUGUGGCCUGGAGGGGCUUUGUGGGAUGGCCUCAGUGGGUUCUGCCACCCCAAACUGAUCUCUGGGUGUUGCCUCUGUGUCUGCUUCGGACAGGAGCAGCCAAACUUUCCUUGUCCUUUCCUCAGCCCUUUCCUUGCAGUUUCCUCACUCUGUCUCUAUGCAAACCACAACGUUUUGAAGGAUUCCAGGCGAGUUUUGCAGA